GAAACAUGUAAUUACUCUCCAGUCAAUGAUCAGUAUUCACUAAUCAUUUGGAGUACAAUUUUAAUAGCAAAAUCAGCAUGAAGCACUGGUUCCGCUUGCUGAUCAAAACAGCUUUCAUAUGCGUGCUUGUCAGUCAAGUGCGCUUCAUAUACAAUGGAAUCGAUGAAAACUUAAUACAAUGGUUCGACAUUGACAAUGAUAUUCGCCAAGUUGUGACGCGCAAUGGUUAUCACUUCGAAAACCAUACAGUGGUUACCGAAGACGGAUACAUUCUACAGAUACAUCGCUUGAAUGCGCAAAAUUUUCAAGCAAAUGCCAGCACGCCGGUCGUCUUCUUCAUGCAUGGCAGCUUCCAGAGUUCGAUGGGAUGGUUAAUGGCGGGCGUGCAACACUCACUGCCGUUUCGACUUGCCGAUAGCGGGUACGACGUAUGGAUGGGCAACGCCCGUGGUAAUAGGUACUCGAGAUGCCAUCUGAAGCUGGACCCCGAUCGCCAGCCCAAGGAGUUCUUUGACUUUUCCUGGCAUGAGAUGGGAUACUAUGAUAUGCCGGCCAGUGUGGAUCACAUCAGGCUUGCAACCGGCGUCGGUCGGAUCCAUGUGGUGACACACAGCCAAGGAAGUGCAGCCGCGUACGUAAUGCUCAGCGAACGUCCCGAAUACAACCAAAAGAUAAGAUCGAGUGUAGCCUUAGCCCCUGGAGUGUACAUCACUUAUGGUUUCCAACCAACAGCGGGGUAUCUUGGUCUCGCACCGAAAUUUUUUGAGUGGUUGUUGGACACUUUCAAGCUUUACGAGCUAUUCCCAUAUUCCCAUUUGGUUUCCAUGACAGCACAAACCAUUUGUCACGAUGAUUCGUUCUUUCAGCCUGUAUGCAGUUUUGUUUUGGGCAUAACAUGUGGCUUCAACUACGAAGAUCUUAAUACGACACUCUUGCCCACCGUGUUUACAUACGGGCCAUGUGGAGCAUCAUGGAAACAAAUCAUGCAUUAUGCUCAAGUAAAAAACACAGAUCGCUUUCAAAAAUACGACGAAGGCGUUACAAAAAACAUGGAAAAGUAUGGACAAGAACAACCUUUGGAAUAUAAUCUCACCAAUGUGCAAAUCCCGACGGCGCUAUUUUACAGUGAUAAUGACUGGGCCAUUGAUGAAAGGGAUUUUAUCAAGCUAUACAACACUUUACCGAAUGUGGAUUAUCUACAUAAAGAAAUUGGUUAUGCACACAUGGACUUUUUGAUUGCAAAAUCCAACAUUCGAAUAUUGGACAAAAUAGAAAAAUAUUUAUCAACGCACUAGUGCAAGACACGGGGUUUAUGACUGCUGAUAAAUUCCGAAACUUUAUUGUGAUAAUUAAAAGUUAAGUUUGUACAGUCGCCCUUGGGCAUUUGCUAAUAGAUAGCAAUGGACAUUU